CAUGUACAUGUAUAUUUAGCCAUUACGCGUUGGUGACGUCACGCUGCCGCCCAGACAUGCCCGGGGUUACCUGAGGUCACUCCCAUCACAACAAACAUGGCCGCCAUGGAUGGAGGACCUGCGGCCAAGAAACUGAAAACCUCUGAUUCUGACGCUCUGCCACUGUGUCCUUACGGUGCGUCUUGUUACAGGAAGAACCCACAACACUUUAAGGACUUCCGCCACCCAAAGGAUGGGGAGACUUCGCAGGCUGUAGAUAAAGCAGACCUGUCAGCUGUUGCCUCCACAUCAGGCCUGCCGCCAUGUAAGUACGGCGCCAACUGUUACCGGAAGAACCUGCUGCACUUCGCACAGUACUCCCACCCGACCACGGGCGGCGAGCCACAGGACAGCGACGACACCGACACAGAACUGGCAGAGUGCGAGGCUGAGAACGAAAAGGUACAAUGUGAAUCAUGGAUAUAUCAGGCAUCCACGCUGGUGAAGUCUGACAGUGAUGCCACACGACUGGUGAAGAACUACUCCAAACUGACGGAGGAGGAGAGACGAGCGCUGAUCCAGAGAGCUGUGGAGGCCAAGAAGAAGCUGGAGGAAGAGCUGCAGGACACUAAGAAGGAAAUGGAGAGGAAAGAGAAGGAACUACAAACACUUCAACAAGAGUUGUCAGAAGGGCUGCUGUUGGUAGAAGGUGAAAAAGAGGCCCUGGAGAAGUCAGAGGUCACCAAGUUCCCCCUGAUACCAGAGAGACAGUACAAGGAAGGGUCUGCUGCACAGGUUCAUUUUCGACUUGCAGAGUCUCAGUUCUACAGACUUUUAGACGCAGGCAGCGGAUAUCGAGUGACUAAAGUAGAGUAUGUGGUAUCACCUGAAGUAGUAAAAAGAUUCAGGCAAGCUCAGAAGGACCUGAGAGACAAGCGAGGAGAGAUGUUGUCGUACCCAGUGUUGGCCUUCCAUGGGACAGCACAGGCUAACAUCGACCCUAUCACCAGCCUGGGGUUUAAGGCACCAGGUGAAUCAGGUUUCAAGCAUGCGACAGAUACGGGUUGGUACGGUAAGGGUGUAUACUUCAGCGAGUACCCGUCCUACUCCAUGCCGUACAUCAAGGGGGGAAACAGGAUCCUGCUGUGCCAGGUGCUGCCAGGCAAGGUUUACCAGUGUUCGUCCCUGAUCCAUGGCAGCCCCCUGAUGAAGGGAAGCGACUCACACACCUCACCUGACAAAAAGGAACUCAUCAUCUUCAACUCACACCACAUCCUGCCAUGUUACAUCCUACACUACACUCAUGCACAGGGAGACUUCAAAUACAAGAAAAGUAUCAAAGCAACCAAGAGUGUUGAUGAAAUGAAGAAACUGUACGAGACUGCAGCCAAGAUGCCAGCAACCAAGAUCCUUACUGGCAUGACCUUUCACCUUGCGGGUAAGCUGGCAGACAAGCACUCUGAAAUCUACAACCUCAUCAUUAAACAUGGCGGCAAAACAGCAACCCAGCAGCAGCUGUACAUAGGCGUGACCUUGGUGGCGUCUGCCUCGGAGAUGAAAGGAGAAACACCCUCCACAAAAGUGUCCCUGGCGGAGAAUGCACAGGUGCCAAUUGUGUCUGAAGACUUUCUAUAUGACCGUAUCAUCACUCAACAGAAAAAGGACAUCUCCGACUAUGUCUUUUCUUAAAGUAUUAUAAUUGUAAUUAUUAUAAUAUAAUGCUACAACUCUAUGUAUAAUUGUGAACCACAGAGCUGUAUUUUUAUUGCAUAAAAUA